GACACCGCUAGCCAACAGAGGGGGUGGCGUUUGAUUCGGUAAAAACCGAGAUUGAACGAACGGACUGUGUAACCGACGAAACUGCCCCUUUAAAUCAGGAAUACAGCGCAUUCGGAGGAGGUGAAGGUUUACAGCUGACCAUCAGACCUGAGGUCACAACCACUCCUGUCCAUCUGACCUGAGGUCACAACCACUCCUGUCCAUCUGACCUGAGGUCACAACCACUCCUGUCCAUCUGACCUGAGGUCACAACCACUCCUGUCCAUCUGACCUGAGGUCACAACCACUCCUGUCCAUCUGACCUGAGGUCACAACCACUCCUGUCCAUCUGACCUGAGGUCACAACCACUCCUGUCCAUCUGACCAGAGGUCACAACCACUCCUGUCCAGCUGAGUGACCCAACUCACCUCGUCAGUCCUUCCCCUGCACACACACCUGCCCUACCUGGUACACCUGUCUACCAACCCAACACACACCUGCCCUACCUGGUACACCUGGCUACCAACCCAACACACACCUGUCUGGCCCUUGGUGCAGACUGGCCCUCCGAUCUGCACACCAUCCGCUAGUGGGGGUGUGUGUAUUGAUGGAUCAGGAUGUCAACCAAUAACAACAUCGCGCAGGCCAGGAAACUGGUGGAACAACUGAGGAUCGAGGCAGGGAUCGAACGUAUUAAGGUGUCUAAGGCAGCGGCAGACCUGAUGAGUUACUGUGAGCAGCACGCCCGUAACGACCCGCUCCUCGUUGGCAUCCCAACGUCAGAAAACCCUUUCAAAGACAAGAAACCCUGCAUCAUCCUAUAGCUGCACACUCAUCUCUGCACAUCAGACACACACACACCUCUGCCCACACACACGCCCACUGGCUGACUCUGCAACAGCCAACAAGGCCCAGCUCUGUCAAGCUAUGCAUACAACACACACACACACACACACACACACAGAGAAACGAAAUAGCCACUCUGGAAGAGCGCCAUACUCAAUAGCCACAGCUAGGGGGCGGUGUCUGUGUUUACAGACCACAUUGCCACAUUAGUGAUAUUAGCCCUGAGUUGUGUCUCUGUGGUGCUGAGGGUAAGCCUGCACUAACAUGCAGCCCUACCUGAUACUGGUUACUGACUCACCCACAGAGAUAGUGACACUCAAGUGGAGAUGACAGAUUUACUUCAAAAAGGGAUUAGGACAAUUAUCUUAUUAGGAAUCCACAGUCGCCUACAUGAAGUUAUAGGCUGAUGUAUAGCAUGUAUUUUAGUGAAUCAGUGAUUUAUUGAUUAAUUGAUUAAUUGAUUGAUUGAUAGCAGUAUCUGGUGAGGUGGGGGUUUAUGUGUGACCAAUCUGGUGUAAAACCUGGGUCGUUCGUGUGAUACAAGCUGUGUUAGCCCUCUCAGCUAAAGCCUAGCCAUUAGCCGUGGAAAUUAAUAUAAGUCUUCAGGUCUCAGGUAUGGUUACCCAUCACUAAAGCACCGUGGCUAUACACGGUGUGUUUGUUAGCCAUAUAGUGGCUGACUUGCCACUGACUUGCUAAGUACAAUGGGGAUGGCCCCUUCCUGAAACCUUGGGUCAACGGUAAUGUCAGUGUUUCCACAAGACAUUGUGUUUUUGUGAACAUGGCAUUGUAAACACUGAGCAGGUUGGUACAUGCUGCAUAUGUACCCACUGUGUUUAAACCCGGAUCAUCUGCAAUGCCACAAGACUGUGUUAGCCCACUGAGCUAAAGCAUAGGCCACAUACACUCCCACUCUAGCGACGGUUAUCGAUCAACAGUGUUACUGCUUUGGUUUUGAUUUCUUGGUCAGUGGGUUUUCUAUCGGCCAAAACUCCAGCUGUGUCGACUUGUGGAGUAAGUUGCCCCUAUAUACUGAUCUAAGAUCAGUCUUGUGUUUUCCCUCUAAUGGUAAAGGUUAGGAUUUAGAGAGGGUAAUCUGAUGCUAGAUCUGUCUAAAAGGCUGCAUUUUCAUAGGCAGCCUAAUUCAGAUCUUUGUCCACUAAUUGGUCUUUUGACCAAUCAGAUCAGCUCUUUUUCCCAAUAAUUGGGCAAAAGAUCACAAUUUAGCUGCCUGUGUAAACGCAGCCUAAUGAAACUUCUAUCUUGAGUACUGACGAGUACUGAGAGGCUAACUGUUCAAGGUUUUAACCCCAGAAGUAUAUAUAUAUGUUUUUUAAUUACUUAUCUUUUCAAUAUUUUGUGAAUUUAUUGCCAUACAGUUAGCAGAUACUGUAGGUUUCCAUUCACUCCUUAACUUACACUUGAGGCAAAAGUUUACCUUAACCACAGAUCUAGGAUCAGAUCUAUCAUCCCCAAUCUUAACUUGAACCAUAAGGGGGGUGUACAAAUAUCUGAUCCUAUAUCAGUGGUUAGAUACAUCACUAGUUCUGACAAUGAGAGCAAGCAUCAAUUCAUGGGCUUUGCUUAUUGGCUCAAGGGGGUGUGUUCUAUUGAGGAACAAGAGCGAAUUACAAAGUGGUGUCCUGUGUCCCCACCUCCACAGUCCUAUUCCUCUACUCCCAAACCAAACUUGAUUGUAAAAAAUGUAAAAGACACUAGAGAAAAUAAAAACAAAAGUGUAUAAACUUUCUUUAAGUGAAAAGUGAUAGGUUUUGAGAGUAGCUGUUUGGGGUUUGGUUUGAGUUUCUUUCUAAAUGGAAGCAGGUCAGUCGAGUAUUAUUAUCGAACUGUACAGUGUUUGUAAGAUAAAACUUAGGCCAGAAAUCAAUCAAAGUGCAUUAAACUUUUUCCACCCCCAAAAAACUAAAUGCGCUUUAAUUGAAUGUCAGCCUGUUGCAGAAUCUUUUCUGUGGAUGUUCAAUUUUUGCGUAAAUGUUUCCCUUCUGUCAGAAUUUUGUCUGUUUCCUCAUUCAGCUUGAGGCAGGUUCACACACACACACAAUCCCCUAGUGACUAAAUGGGGAGCCAACCACAUCUACAUAGCAGUGAAGUGGCCGUACUCAUAGCAUAGCUUCUUAUACACAGGCACAGCACUGUGAGAAACAAACUUGAACCAUUAAAUCACUGUCUCUCUCUCACACGCACACAGACAGACACACACAGUUUCCUAAUGUCUUUUAAAAGUGAUUAUCUGAGGGAGAAUAUUGUUAUUUCUUAAUUCAUUCAUUCCACGGACGGUUAUUUUGAUUGAUUGGUUGUUUGAUUGAUUGGUUGAUUGAUGGUUUGCCUUGUUGUGGUGUAUUGUGUUGUAUGCUGGUUAGGACCAGGAGUUUUACCUGGUCAAGUCACAUGGUCAGGAACAACAUUCUAGCCCUAGACUUAAGAAUAGUUGAGAGUAUUUGAGUGAACAGUCUUAAAAGAGGACACAAAGCUCUAGAAUGGAAGUCUUGUGGUGCUCCCAUUCCCACAUCAUUCACUAUAGCUGAUCUAGGUCAGUUUCAAGUUUUCUCCCCCUAAAGAUUAUGUCAGGAUUUGGGGAAUGGAAUAUGAUCAUAGGUCUUACCCAGAGCAGAACGCUAGAACCAUAAAACAAAAUUCUGUCCCUAGACACUGAUCUCAGGUCAGUUUUACCUGGACUCAUCAUUGUGUUUUAAUCUCCUGUGUAUGCAUAUACAGUAUGUAUCUCUGGUAACACUUUGUUUUACAGUCUCCUUUAACUUGGUAUUUGCUUAUAAAUAACAUGGUAAAAACAUGUGUUUCGUUGCAAGCGAGGACUAUUUGGUCCCAGGUUGAAAGUCCCCAUUGUUACCACAAUGUGUUCCUUCCGGCUGGGACAGGACUGUAAAGUCAAGCGUUACCGUAUCUUUUUGCCUUGAUUAAUUGUGAAUGAUCAGUUAUAGAUUAUGAAGGAAAUGUAAUAUCUAUUUUUUUGUAUCUGGUCGCUCUGAUGUGCCAUAACUAAUGUUUUCUUGCACACUGUUCAUAUUUUACAGUUAAAUACUUUACUGUCCAUAUUUUACAGUUAAAUACUUUACUGUUAAGACUUUACUGUUCAUAUUUUACAGUUAAAUACUUUACUGUUAAGACUUUACUGUUCAUAUUUUACAGUUAAAUACUUUACUGUUAAGACUUUACUGUUAAUAUUUUUUUGUGGAUAUUGCUGUUAAAAAAUAUGAUAUUGAAAAAGUAGACAACAUGAAUAAAAAUAUAAUAAUGCC